AUGGCCGGUCCGUCGAACCCAUUUGCUGCGAUCAAACGCGGAGAUGCGGCGACGGGCUCGAGAGGACGCGGGAACGGGCGCGGACGCGGCGGAGCCUCUCCUCCGCAAGCAUCUCAUCAAAAUGGGAAUGGGGCCGCGUCUCGUGGGGAUGCUAAGUUUCGUGGCCGAGCGCGAGGAGACAGGGAUCGUGGCACCGGUAGAGGGGGCCCUGGGGGAAUCGUCCGGUCCCAUAAAACCGAACCGCAACAGAACAAGAUCCACAAUGGCUCCGGGGACAAGUCGAAAAUCCUCAAGAAAACACCAAACUCCGUUGUCGGAAGAGGGAGGACCGGAAAGUCCGACGUUCACUCGGUAGACUCAAGCAGGGAUCCACGCAAGCGACAUUUGUCUAAGCAGGCAAACGAGAAGGGCGCAACCGAUGUUUCCAUGCGAGAUCCGGGGAGCUACACUGACCGUUACGAACAGCUCAAAGCCGACCGGGCCCAGGAACGGAAGAAAGCGAUCAAAGAUGGGCAGAUGGCAGACCCUGACCAACCGACGUCUUUAACUCAAGCAAUCACCCCCGUUGGCACAUGCACGAGCAUGUGUCCGGAGUUCGAACGAGUCGAACGUAUUGUUCAAAAAAUGGUUGACAAAAGUGAAAAGUUUCUAAACCCGAACACGAACGAAUUGCAAUAUAUGGAAACAAUGAUGCUCAAACGUUUCAGAAGAUCAGCUGCAGGAUACGAUGAACAGCUUCCGUCUGAUAUUCGGACCCCGAACACUCUAUUGCAGAGCAUGAACUACCUGACGCGGCAUGUCGUUGGCGGUCCGGAGCCUCUUGGGCUGAUCCAUAAGUUCGUUUGGGACCGAACUCGAUCGAUCAGAAACGAUUUCUCAGUUCAGCAACUCACACAGGUAAAUGAUGUGAAAAUCGCGGUCACCUGUCUUGAGAGGAUUGCUCGUUUUCACAUAUUGUCCCUCCAUUUACUUUCGAGUCCCACGAAUGAAGAACCUUUCGACCAUCAUCAAGAACGUGAGCAGCUCAACAACACCAUGCUGUCUCUAAUGUACUACUACGAUGAUAAUCGAGGGCGAAUAUUCUUUCCGAACGAAGACGAAUUUCGAGCCUACUAUAUCAUCUUCUCUAUCCUUGAUCAGCGACCCGACUUGGAGUCCCGUGUUCAGAGGUGGCCAAUGGAGCUGCGUCAGUCACCUCGAGUUCAAGUCGCAUUGGAACUCCAUGCGGCCGCCAGCAAUACUUGGGAACCUCAGGGGACCUUGGAUGCCAAAAGGCCCAAUUCAAUUGCUCAGGGCUUUUAUACCCGUUUUUUCAAUCUGAUCAACUCCCCUGCAGUGUCCUAUCUGAUGGGCUGCGUCGCCGAAAUUUACUUUAACCAUGUGCGCCAAACUGCCAUCCAGUCAAUAUGGAAAGCAUAUUGCCGACAGCCCUCUUCUCAACGGCAUAAGAAUGAGGAAUGGACCGUCAGUGAAUUAACAGCCGCGUUGUACUUUGAUCAAGAAGAACAAACGAUCGAAUUCUGCCAAGAGCAAGGUCUGGAAUUUGCGGAAAACGAGAACAGCGAGCUUUUUCUCAGCUGGGGAAACGGCCCCGAUGAUUCAGACGCUUUCCAACCAUCCUCAAGCCAUUCCUUUUCCGAAUAUUAUGUCGAGUCGAAACGGAGAGGCCGAACAUUGGUCGCAAUUAUUCUCGGGCUCAAUAUCAAGGAGGCCGCGAUUUUGGACAUGAUCGAUACAUCAUUGCUCGAAAAGCGGACGCAAUCAUUGCAAUAUGGUGACUAUCGUCACGAGGAGUCGUUAUUUGUGAGCGACGAUGAUAAUGAUUCGAUCUAUCCACACGAUGCAGUCCUCAAAUCGGGUGCCCGCCUCGACUCGCCCUCGUCCGCCUCUAGCCUUCAGAAAACGUUCGAUGAGCUCUUGGAACCACCUGCAGAUAUUGGAUCAAGCAUUCUGGCUAACAGGUCAGACGGCUCUCAUCCCGCAUCACCGGUUUCUGCUCCUUCCGUGGUAGCGAGCACUCCUGCACCAUUCAACCCCGGAGGAUUCGCUACUUUCCCACAGCUCAAUUCCAAUGUUCCUACACAACCGCCGGCAUCCGUUCAAGGACCGACAAAUGUUCAGCCCUUCAAUAAUCCUACGGCUUCUCAUUCGUCAACCGACACAAACGAGGCAUCGUUAACAUCUUUGGCGGCACCUCCCUUUGAAACCCGAAAUUCACAACCCAGUGUAGUCAAACCUGAUUCGCCACCGAACAACUUGACACCGUCUAACCCGGAAUUGAAGCAUAGCCCUGGAUUGACUGCGGGCCAGUCUUCCAGUGCUCUAGACAGGGUCAAGUCACCAACAGUUUCUUGGGGCAUGAAUACAACUGUCACUUUUCCUAGCCAGGCCAGCAAUUCCGGUGAUACCAAGGACAGUCUGGGCCCGCAGCCUCAAAAUCCGCCUCCAAAACCCGCACAAAUCAGAUUUCCCGAACCGCCGCCAAUUUCUUCGAACCCGUUCGCUCCAAGAAAUGCUGAUGCAAACCCGACGUUUUCAUUCACCCCUCCAUCAAUAAAGCAAUCCAAUGAUGUGCUUUCAAAACCAGCUGCUGACCCUCAACCUAACGUUGGGUCAACGAUGAAUGGAGGUCAUGCGACGGCUGUCGUUCUAGAGCAGACUCCCCAUCGCACUGAUGAAACGCCCCGAACGCAAGAAAUUCACCCUCUGCAAAAGUCUGUAGUAACGGAUAGUUCCUUUACAUCUACACCGCCACCGGCACCUACAACUCUCGAGUCCCCGAAUGGACACCAGCCUUACUUAGCGGGAUCAACCGCCACCCACGACUCUAGUGCACCCGAAAUUGAUGCACAACAGUCUGAGUGGAUAACGUCAUUAAGGGAAGCAGCUGAGAGGCGACGAGCGUCAAUCACCGGUCGUAAACGAGUUUACAAUCCUGAAGAGGAGACAAUGGAUACUGGGACUAAACCUGCCAAGGCGUCGAAACCCGAGUUGCCUGCUCCACCGAAAAAGUCACUGGCUCAGUCUUCUGUCAAGCCCCUGCCAAAGCUUCCCAUUUUGGAGCAGAUUGAGGAACUGGUUGCUCGACGGCCUGCUGCAGAACAUGAAAUGGAGCCCCCGAGGCGCAAUCAGAUCGAUGAAGAUGAAAUGCUGCUGUCUGCUGCACGCAUUGCCGCCGAGUCCCUACGGAGUGGCCCUCGACUUUCAGACAGCUUUUCUACGUACUCCGAACCACAACGCUCUUUCAGUCCACGGAGCAGCCUGAACUCCUCGUACUCACUGUCGCGAAGCCAGUCCCCCCAGUCUUCCUUUCAAGUCAAUGGACAUGAUGUCGCCUUUGCUCCUGAAACCGAGCUCGGUCUGGGGCGUUCGAUGUCUCGCACGGAGCAAAGAAUACGGGCUACUGGGGGCAGAGGCCUGGCUUACAAACCAUUGGACUUCACACCCAAAAAGCAGCGAAAGACCCAAUAGAAGCUUGUACUCAGGACAACCCGUGUUGAUAGAUUGAUCGCAAGCAACCAGUGUCGAUAUUGAUGGGAUGUACAUUGCAUUGCAUGGUGGCGUUUUGAGGAUCUAUCUUUGUUUUAUCAGCCACAUUUGUCCUUUUAUUCUGUCAACUGAAUGUUUAU